AAAACGAUCAAUCGCUUAUUAAGUGGUAACGGCUUCGAUAAGGCCACUCUUUUCAAAAUGCAUGUCACGUUGGACGACUUGUGCGAUACUUGUGGAGCUAUCGAUAACGCUUCACAUGCAAUCCUCAGCUGUUCAAAAUACGAUACUGUACGCCAACGUUACCCAACACUAGGGAAACACAACAACAUUCACGCUCUCUUGAAGGAAGGAAAUGUCGAGCACAUUAAAACCAUCAUAGACUUCAUAAAAGAAACAAAUUUGGACCUCUGAUUGAACACUUCAAUCAAUUCUUCGUGGCGUUUUUCACCUUAUAAAGGCAUCGACCAGUUCUCGGUCGGGUGCUUAGGGAGCGGCCAAAUAAUUCCCCCCUGCCCAUGGGUCGGGUGGUAACUUAAAACUCAAAAAAAAAAAAAAAACUGCAAUAAAGGCGGGAGCUCUGUUUGCGCUAGCAAGUCUCUGAGUUUUAACAAAUUAACGGUCGAUAUGAGUAAAAAAGCGACGCGUUCCACCAAACCAAAGCCGGAUCCAGAUGCGGUGCCCCAAAAGUCAACAGUGAGUGCUGUAAAGAUAGUAUUUUACAUCGCCGACAACUUGUUGCAAGCGGACGAUGGGGAACAACGAAUGCGCCUGGAGCGGUUUUAUCAUCCAGGCAAAGGACAGCUUGCUUGGUUUAUAACGCAUCAAGAUCGCCACAUAAUGGAGGUUCUGGAGUAUGCGGAACCGCGACGCAGCUGGCUGCUAAAUAAUGAAGUCUGUUCAAAUGGUCGCACAUACAUGACCACACCAUUUGAUACCACGCUUUUGGCCUUGCAUCAUCUUCGCAAGCAUUGCUCGCAACGCGCCAUGUCGCUGGACAGUAUUGGCGUUGAUGAGUCCGAUGCCAGUGUCAACCGCCUACUUACGAAAUUUACCAACGCCACCAGCUUAAAGUGUGUGUCCGAUGUAAAAGUUUCGGGCGAUUUGAUUUUCUACAAAUACAAUGCGGAGCGAACGCUCGCCUGGCUGGCGUUAAAGACACGUGGAAUAGUUGCAGUGCUGAAGGCAAAGCAAGUACAUUGUGGUCUUGGCGCCAAGUCAGAGAAUUAUGUGCGCAGCGAAAAGUUGGUGACGGAGACCGAUGUCAAUGAAAUGGAUUACAUGCGCAUGGCUUGCGAUUACGUUGGUCGCUAUCUGGAUGCAGACUUGCACGAGGAACUUACACGCUAUCUGCACAUACCAAGUGAGAUCCAGGCAUUGGUCGAAGAGAAGAGCACCGCACAGAAGCGUAAGUCCCAGCAAGGCCAGCAAAGUGCUAACAGCAAGAAGAUUAAACUUGCCAAUGGUGAAGAUGCAGCCAGCAAGCUGCGAAACAGCAGUCUGCUGGACAGUGACGACGCCAAAGAAUCUGUUACGUCGCCACAAACGCCUGCACCCCUCAAGGAACGCACUAUGACAGCCAAAGAGAAGGCGCUGGCCAAAGGUGCCAAGGGCAGCAAGAGUAUUGCAUCCUUCUUUAAAGCGAAAUAAACAAUCCAAGCCAAUCGAAAAUAGUAUUGCAAACAAACUGAUUUGCAGAGUUCGAUGACUUGUUUUUCCCCAAAGAAUGUGUCGCAUUUGCCACAACUUUGUGUCAAUGCGAUUAUUUAAUCUUUGCUUAACAUGUCUGGCCUGGCACGGUCAACAAGUUGUGUCAAUAGGACGCCUCAACUACCCCAAGCAACAAAUUAAUUAUCGCUGUUUGCAUUAUUAAGUACAAGUGUAUACAU